AUGGCUCCUAGUAAAGGAUGGAUGGAUCUUAUUAGUGAUUGUCUUAAUGAUGUAUAUUCACAUGGGGUUGAGGAAUUUUUAGACUAUGCUUUUAAGAAGACUGGGAGGCGUGAGAAAAUACAUUGUCCAUGUGUCAAGUGUAGUAACACGUAUUCCGCCACACGAGAAGUGGUAGGGACACAUCUCAAGGUGUAUGGAAUAGUACGUAAUUAUACUUUUUGGUAUCACCAUGGAGAAAGGGUAGGUGAAUCUGAAUCUAAUUUAGAAAGUGUUCAACAAAGUGAAGAUGAGCCUAGCAAUGAGAUGCAUGACAUUUUAAGGGAUUUGUAUAUAGAGUUUUGUGGUCAAGAUACAAAUGAUAUGGAUACGGAUAUCUUCGCUUAUGAAUUAUUACCUCAAGGAUCUAAUUUGCCACAAUCGUAUUAUGAUGCAAAGAAAGUAAUUCAAGAUCUUAGUCUCUCAUACAAAAAAAUUGAUGCAUGUGUAAAUAAUUGCAUGUUAUAUUGGAAAGAAGAUGAGAGGCUAGAUUUUUGUAAGAUUUGCGGCUAUUCUAGACGGAAGACUGAUAAAUAUAAUGGGGAAGACAAGGUUAAAACCAAUGGGAAGAGAAUACCAAAAAAAAUUCUGCGUUACUUUCCACUAAAGCCAAGACUUCAAAGACUGUUUAUGUCCAUAAAGAUAGCGUCCUUGAUGAGAUGGCAUAAAGAUAAGAGGGUAGAUGAUGGAGUGAUGAGACACCCUGCUGAUUCAAUGGCAUGGAUUUCCUUUGACAAACUACAUCCAAAUUUUGCCUCAGACUCUCGCAAUGUGAGACAAGGCCUUGCUAGUGAUGGAUUUCAACCUUUUGCCAAUUCAAAAAUGCCAUAUAGUGUUUGGCCACUUUUACUCAUUCAAUACAAUUUGCCACCUUGGAUGUGCAUGAAACAAUCAAAUUUUAUUUUAUCAAUGCUUAUUCCAGGUCCUGAGGGUCCCAGAGAUGCAAUUGAUAUCUAUCUUCAACCUUUAGUAGAAGAACUAAGAGAGUUAUGGGAAACUGGCAUUGAUACAUUUGAUGCAUAUGCACAACAGAAUUUCAAGUUUCAUGCAGUUUUACUAUGGACGAUCAAUGAUUUCCCUACAUAUGCGAACUUAUCAAGUUAG